UCUUUCUUUGUUUCUCUCUCUCAAAACUGAAAAUAUCUCAAAGAAGAAGAAGAAGAAGUGAAGAAUUAUUAAAAACAAAAGUGAUGAAUAUUUGGAACAAGAUGGCCUUCCCAGUCCGAAAGGUUUGGCUUGCUGUUUCUUCCCGAUUCAGAAUCAGACCUCGCCAAACUGGUGGUGGGCUAGUAAAGCUUAGUGAUGACAUACAAACUUGUGGGUACGAGGAUGUUCAAGUCAUGUGGGAAAUGCUAAGAACAACAACAACAAUUGACUCCCAUGAUUCCAACCCUAACCGCAAUCAUCGACUCUUGGCAUGGUCACAACAUUGACUCGAACUAGGUUUGGUUAGUUGGUUGAGUUCUUAUGUUCAAUUUUCUCGCAAAAAUGCAGAGAAACUGACAUUGAGAUGUUAUUAGAAUAGCUUAGUUUCUUU